AUGCCAACCCUUAGAGCAAGUCCAACACUAGGGCCUUGCCCUGACAACAGGCCCCCCCAAAGCCCAAUUUCCACCUCCAGCGCAUCAAACCCAGCCUAUGCAAGGCAUGGGACCCACCAGCCCAAGCAAGCCCACGAGCAAAUCUGGACUGGGCUCUUGCCUGAAGGUGCUAACAUCAGCGUGAUGUCAGCGUUGACCCACCAGACCACAUAG